CUUCUGUGCACGGAUAUUUUAUUUUAAGCUGCUUGCUUCUUGUGUUCUUAGCAUAGAACAGGCCUUAGACAGAAUUGCUGAGCUUCCAAAGCUGCUUUUGGAUUGCUAGUUGUGUGUAUCAAAUUCUAAUUGACGGUUAUGUAACUGACAAACCAUGAUACCUGAUGGUCUCUCCUCAAUGUCGCAUCUGUGCAAUAGUUUCCAAUAUAGUAGCAUCUGUAAGUUUCUGGGAGUUAUUAAAUCACAUUUGUAGUAAUUCUUGCCAAGAUGGCAGUAUGAGGUGAUGUUUUCAUCAGGAAUGAGACCUUGUUGGAUUGUUACAGUCACUUCAGCCAUAGAAAAGUGUUUUUGAGGCAUCUGGGUGUUUAAAUCAUUCAAAUGGCAACUGCGUUAUACACAUGUAUCUUGUGUUCCAGGAAUCACUGCGCUGAGCUCCCAGAGAGUGCAUGUUUUGCUUUUUCCCUCUCUAUAUAGGCUAAGUCCUUUCAGUUAACUAGAGGUCUACUAUGGCUUUUAGCAGUUGAUUUUUACAGUUUACAUAGCAAAACUAAACCUACUGCACUAAUUUCCCUUUGAAAUUUAAAUUAAAAUGUUAGUAUUUUAUGUCUAGUUUUUAACUUGACAAGUUAGCCCAAAAUUAAACUCUGGAGUUUUUAGGAAAAUAGUUGGAGAUGCUGUAAUAAAUUCCAUAGUACUGUCUAUACAGUAACUUUGUUUGAAUUUUACCAUUUUUUUGCCUAGAUAGUUCAGUAUUGAGUAAAACUCGUGAUGCUAAAGCAGAAAAACAAAUGUACAACUGUGGAAUUUCACAUUUGUUGUGCACAAAGCCCUAAUCAGGUUAAGGUCUGUGGAUGGAUUCCAGGCUGAAUUAAGGGUCAGUGGCCAAUACUAAUUGCUGCCAAAAUUGUGUAAUUAAGCAUUGUGUGAUUGUCACAAGGGUUUUUUUGGUGCGUGUGUGUCCCCUUUGCUUUAUUUGGCGACAUGUAAUUAACCAGAUGUUAAAGGUUGUUUUUUAUUUCCUCUGUGCCCUUUUUCUCAGACUUGUGGGUAUUGGUCUGUGCUGAGGACAGAACACUGGGCUCGACGUGAGAAAAGUAGAAGGAAGUUCAGGGAAACCGAAGUGAGGAGGAGGGUGCGUCUAGAUGCUCAUUUCAUCUGAUAAAUUCAGAUUUGUGCAUGGGUGUGAUGGUCAACUGCUCUUCUGCGCUGCUGAUACUCCCAUGCUUGGAACCUACCAGAGACUCUAUUUGAAAGCUUAUUUUGGGAAUAGCUUUUUUGGACUUAGAGAGAGAGGGAGGAACAGAACUUCAGUGGACAUUAUCGUGCUGACUAGGAAAACAUAAUCACCACUUAAAGAGUUUUCAGCUUUAUCAAGUUUUGAGCAAAAGGGGCAGCACUUGAAGGCUUGACAAAUGCAUCUCAGGUUGAAAAACUGCUGCAUUCCUCCUCCUCUUCCUCCUUUAGAAAACUGACUUCUUUAAAGAGGUAAGAGGGAAGCAAAAGAAGGAAGAAAAUGCUGGGAUCAGAACGAGGCGUCGUGGAAGAAUGGCUGUCAGAAUUCAAGGCAUUACCUGAAACACAAAUUUCCAGCUAUGCAGCUACAUUGCACAGAAAAAAACCACUGGUACCAGCUCUUUAUAAGGUCAUUCAAGACCCAAAUAAUGAGCUCCUGGAGCCUGUUUGCCACCAGCUCUUUGAACUUUACCGUAGUUCUGAAGUUCGGCUCAAGAGGUUCACGCUGCAGUUCUUGCCGGAGCUGAUCUGGGUGUAUCUGCGGCUGACGGCCAGCAGGGACAGGCAGAGCAACGGCUGCAUCGAGGCGCUGCUGCUCGGCAUUUACAACCUGGAAAUUGCUGACAAAGAUGGAAACAACAAAGUUUUAUCUUUUACCAUCCCUUCAUUAUCUAAACCCUCAAUAUAUCAUGAGCCCUCCACGAUUGGAUCCAUGGCGUUAACUGAAGGAGCUCUGUGUCAGCACGAUCUCAUCAGGGUGGUUUACAGCGAUCUGCACCCGCAGAGAGAAACCUUCACAGCACAGAACCGGUUUGAGGUGCUGAGCUUUCUCAUGUUGUGCUACAAUUCCGCUAUUGUCUAUAUGCCUGCCUCUUCUUACCAGGCGCUGUGCAGGAUGGGAUCCAGGCUGUGUGUGAGCGGGUUUCCGCGGCAGCACGAGAAGCGCUGGAAAGAGCCCUGUGGGAGGGUGGUGUUAGACCCGGACUUCAUGGUGCAGCUGCUCACAGGUGUAUACUACGCCAUCUACAAUGGUCAGUGGGACCUUGGUCAGGAGGUGCUGGAGGACAUCAUUUACAGGGCACAGCUGGAGCUCUACUCACAGCCUCUGCUGGUUGCAAAUGCCAUGAAGAACUCACUGCCCUUUGAUGCUCCAGAUGUAUCACAAGAAGGCCAGAAGGUCCUGAGGGUGGAAGUUACCCCGACGGUGCCGAGGAUUUCUCGGACCGCUAUCACCACCGCUUCCAUCCGCCGCCACCGCUGGAGGAGAGAAGAUGGCUUUGACUUCUCAAACGAGGCUGACUCAAGCAUCCCUGGCUCGCCGCUCCAACACGGCUCCACUGACCUAGGGACCAAACGGGAGCACGAGGGGGAGGCGCCGAUGCGCAGGACCCCUGAGCACGGCUCCCCGGAGCCCACCCUGGCGCCAGCCACACCAGAGGAUGCCGAAGGUGUAAAUGGAAAAGAGGAAUCUGUGAACCUUAAUGAUGCUGAUGAAGGCUUUUCAUCAGGAGCUUCCCUCAGCAGCCAACCAGUUGGGACCAAACCUCAAUCAUGCGCAUCCCAGAAGGGCAGCUUCAGGAAAACAGCAGGUGGGCGUUCUGCUAAGGACAAAGAAACCUCUUCUGCAGCAAAAUCCAAUGAGAGCCCUCGAGAUUCAGGAGCUCGGAAGCAGUACAUGCACCAAUCCACCGACCUCGGGGCAGAUAUAAUCGAGAUGACACCUACGAAGAAACACCUCAGCCUGCCUGCUGGGCAGGUGGUGCCCAAAGCCAACAGUUUGAGCCUGAUCAGGACCGCCAGUGCUUCCUCCAGUAAAUCCUUUGACUAUGUGAACGGCAGUCAAGCGGGCUCCAGUGUUGGAGCUGGUACAGAGGGUGUUACCAAUCUGGCAGCUGGCAACACCAAUCGUUUCUCGACCAUCAGCCUACAGGAGGACCGACUAGGCCAAGCUGGGGAAGGUAAAGAUCUCCUUCCCCCAGGAGCUCCCCUGACCAAGCAGUCUCGAUCUCCAAGUUUCAAUAUGCAGCUGAUAUCCCAGGUGUAACUUUGACUCCCUUCCUUAGGACUCCCUCUUUCCCCUCAAUCCCCAGGCAAGUUCAUCCUUAGGCUAAACAGGAACCGUCAUCCCGCAGUGUGAAAAUCCUGACUGUUGUGGUCUUGUUUGAUUUGGUUUAGCUCUCAUACUGUAUUACUGAAACAGCAAUAAUUCCUCCCUCACCUUCAUCCUCCCCCCACCUCGUACCCAUGGUUGUGAAGCAGUAUAUAACGUACUGUAUGCCUUUUUCCAUGCCUUCCUUUCUCCUUGGGUGACGUGCAAUCCAUCGUAGGCUGAUCAGUCCCAUUUCAACACUGUGAGACUGGAGACACCGGCGGAAAUGGUGAAUGUGAUCCCUAUGAGCUGAUGCUUUGGCUUUGUUAAGAAAUAGAAACGGGUUUGUUUUCUCAGUCUACAGUACUGCAAAGACUACUGGAUCAUGACUUUUCUUUCUCAGAACCAGGAGUGCCUCAGAGAUUCGAGUGUGACUUUGGACCUCUCUGAGUCUGUGCAAUCAGUUCUGGGGAGGGGAUUGUCAUUGCUGCUCCUGGCUGCCUACAGCACUUUUUUCAUUAAAAUGAGGGUAGUUGUUUUCUUGCCUGCCCUCAGUCUCUCAUCCCAGAAGCUUUUGAUGUUCAGCAACUGAGACAUGCGUAUGAAUGAGUUGUUUUCCCUCUGAGAGAGGAUUCUCAGUAGAUAAUGUAGGUUACAAUGCACUUCUAAUGGCGUUGUAGCCAUAUGUGAUGCCACAUGUCUUCCCCUCCAGGACACAGGGUCAUUCUGCUGAUAGACUAACAUUGAGACACCACCACGCUGUGGAAGCAGCUUGGUUUGUAAGCGGGAGGGAAACGCCGCUUUCCCAGGAAUUAACGGCUAGCCCUGCUCUAGUUUUGUUGUUGUUCUUAUGAGCUGCUGAUCACUGAAUUGAAAGGUGUGUUUGGGUCAAGAGUAUUUUUCAGGCUGCUUUCUACAGUAUCUUGGCUGUUGGACACCUCUGCCCCUCUCAGCUGCUUUCUCAAUGUCCCCAAAUUCAAUUGUGGAGUCAUUUGAAGGAUCCCGCAGUCCAGACAGACCAGACUCUUGGUGGUCUGUCUUGGGGACAGAGAUGAUAGUUUGAUAAAGAUAGUAUUUUGCUAGAAACACUGAAGCUUCAACCAUUUGUGCAAAGGGGUACUGACAGUCCUGUUUUCCCAGAAGGAUCACACUUCAUUGCCUCGAUAUUUAUAAUCCAUUGGGGGUUUUUUAACUCUUUAUUUUAGUGGAUUGGCCCUGCUCUGGAGAAUUUGGAGCUCAUGCCAUAGAGCCAAGCCUUGAAUGUAUAUCCCAUGUGUGUGGGCACUGGCUGGUACCUACGCUAGAGAGCACAGAAGCACCUUUCUGCUUACAUGGGAGAGCGGUGGCCGCUCUCCCUCCGUCUCUCUCUCUCUUUUGGGGUUGCUAGAGAGAAAAUGGGAAAGUUCACCCCCUGUAUGUAAGUCGUGGAUGGUAUCGUGGAAGUUUACAAGUUGUAAACCCACAGAAAAGAGCUACGGUCUUUACAUGGGCGUUCUGGUUUCACUGUCACUGUGAAGAACAAACGUGAGCAGAUAGAAAUAGCAGGCGGCCUUUGGAUGAUAGUCUUGGAAAUUCAGGACACUGACAUUGCUGGUACUUGGUGGUCGUUGUGUGUUUUUUCUUUUGAAUCUCUUGAUUUCAAAUAGAACUUUUUUUCAAAUCUACAUUCAAAUUCAUCUAAAUAUUUGAAGGGGUUUUUUGUGGUUUGGCCGUGAUAGUCUAGUCUUCGUAUCUUCCAUUCGUGAAGUGAAUUAAACACUUCUGGACUGAUACAGAAAUUCAGUUAAAGAGUAAAUAGAAUUAUCGUGGCAAAGAAAACCUUAUAGUUUCUGAAUUGGAGUUAAUCUUGAAGGACCACCAGUCACACACAGAUGGAACUAAGGUAAAGUUGGGAUUAAGCUACAAGGCAUUUUCUAUAAAAACAUCAAAAGCUGUGUAUGGUUAAAUUCUAUUUUAUAAAGUUUUGCUAGUGGAUACAGUGGGUAGAUUGUUGCUGAACAUACAAACUUUAUAGUUGUAGAGAGCAUCAUGAAGGAAAUUCUAUUAAAUAGCCAUCACUAUAAGCUGAAAAGGACCAAAUAAUUUGCUUUUGGGAAAGAAGAGAUCAGGAGUGUCAGCCAACUUUUUAAGAAUGACUUUAUUUUAGUAUUUGAAAAAGUUGAGUUGUUCAUUAGCAAGGUUCCCUACUCCCUACAUUUGCCGUUAUCAGCAUUCCUCUAGAAAUUUUAGGGCACUUAAAUUGGCAUCAGGCCAAAUUUUACAACUUAAAUAUAUAUAUGUGUAUGUGUGUGUGGGGUCCACACAAGCUGUUUCAGAAAAGUGAGGCAAGUCAGUGACUUCAGAUAGGGAACUCACAUGUAUGUGCGUGAGUUGGAAUUGGUUAAAACUUCAGUCAAACUAUCUUUUAGGAUACUUUUACGGUUCUCAUUUCGAUGAUGUGCCUUUUGUUACUGUUUCAUCCGCUGUGUUUUGGUUUGUUCUUGUGUAUGUAGCCUACCCCAUAUCAGGCUUUAGAGUUCCAAUUUAUGCCUGUGAAAAGAACGUGUGCUGAUGCGGUACGUCUAUAACUCCUUCAAAUCGCCCUUUUUGCGCAACGUUUCAGUUGUUGGGAGCUUGUUUUGUCGUUUUUCAGAUGAGUGCUGUUCAACACCUGCUUCACAAUGUGAUUCACCACCAAUACCUCCAAACCAGCUGUUGUAACGGGCUCAGUGCAGCUCCAGGUACUGCAGCAGAAACAAAAUCAAAAGUGUCUGGGAUGUGGAUUGAGGGGAAUUAGCUGCUGGCUUUCUGAUCCUAUGUGCUAAGUAUUAAAGAAAGUACAAAACAUACUGAAAUUUUCCGACACCUGUGGCAGAUCUUUAGACGUGCAUCUCUUGAUCCUGAAUUCACUCUGCUGGGUCUGGGUUUGGAACAUUUGGUACUUGACGUGAGGCACUAGAUUUAGAUUUCUGCAGCGUUUCAGUGCGACUGCAGCGCUGGAGAAGAAGGUCAAGAAGCAGAACGCUGUGAUUUUCCCUGUGUAUGUGCACACGCAUGCACAUGCUGUAAUCCUUAGGCAAGGAAGUGUGGGUACUAUAUUUUGAUGUAUAUACACAUGUAAGUAGGGAUAAAUGAGUUAUUCCUUGACACGGUUUUUACCACAUCACAAUAUGCUGCCAUUUUGCAACUCAUUCUUGUAGGGCUUUAUAAUUUUAAGAAAAGAUGAAAUGUUUGGCUUGCUUAAACUCUAGCUUGAUGAUUCUUUUCAGGGGUUUAUUGUGAGCGGCUUUUGGGUUGAACAAUCAGCCGUUUUCUCAUCCUGCAGGCAGCGAAGUGAUGAAGUAAAAAUACCUGUUAGAAUGAAUGUCACAAGCCGACGGUUUAAAUUGCUGUGUUAUCCUUUCCGUUUUCAUUUGGAGACUUUGCGUGUCACCGUCCAUUUAAAAUGCGCAUUUCUUCGAACCCCCUUUCUGAUGUGAAUUUGGAUCAGUUUUUUAACAGCAAACUUCAUUCUGUGAUGCUGAACAUCACGUUGCAGCCAGUAAGCGUUAGAUCUGGUAUUUGUAGUUUGCAAGUGUGUUGGUCUUAAAUUCAGCAUUUCCAACAUACUCCUGCUAGCUUUAACAUAAUUACAAUGAUCUGUUUGAACAUCUAAAUAGUGAGAAAAAAAAGUUGUUUUCUGACAAAGUAUUUAUUUGCACUACUUAUGAAUACUGGAGUUUACUGGGACAGGGUUUUUCUCACCAUGUGAGGUUUACUUGUGCGUGGGUAGGUACAUACAUUUGUCACAUGUUGACAAUCAAUUGCCUCAACUGUGUGUAUACUGUAUGUAAAUAUGAACAUAUUUUUGAAGAUGAAGGGGGAAACCUGCAUCUUAAUGGUGACAAAGCUACUCUGUAGUAAGGUGACCCCAACUCUCCCCCUUUUUGUCUCCAGAUACUAUGUGGUUUGUUUUACUUCUUUAAUGAAGAUUCUUAGUGUUCUUGGAAAAUUUUAGCUCCAGGGAAAUUUUCCUCAAUAUUUAAUGUAUAACAUGUUCAGAGAAUUCUAUUUUGAAAAAAAAAAAACAAAAAACCCUAAUUUUGGAAUAGAUAAUUCUAUGCUAUGGCUGUAUUUUAACCUGACGGUUUAAACUCGUCCUAUUUUACCCUGAACCAAUGGGUAGCUCUUUCAAGCGUUCAGCAUUUUAGCUUCGCUCACAAACUAGACAUUUUCGUUUGUCUUGGCUUACAAAUCUAAAUUAAUUUGAAGACUGAGAAGCGAGAAUACCUUUUUGAGUAAAAUCAUCCAAAUCCAGCAGUACAGACUGGGUACUGUACUCACCGUCCUGGAGGAGGCGUGGGAAACAGAAUGGGACGUGUUUGAAUGAAAUGUAUGUACUGCACACAAAACAAAAAGAUGUUUCUGACGUUAGUAAAUCUAAUCAUCUCAUCCUUAAAUUCUGCAAUUCUCUCCUUGCCAAAGAUACCGCUACCUUGGCACGUUUCGUAUACCAUUAAAGCCGUUAGCUGGGUCUCAUUUGUAACAACCGUUUACAUCAGAGGAAUAGUUUGCAUCGCAAGAGUAAACGUGCCCCUUUGGAAAUUUAUUUAAAUUUCUUGUUUAGGAUAAUUGCAGGACUAAAGUUGCAAAAUAUUACUCUUCCAUGGUAAGCAACAAAGCCAGAUCCUCCGUACUUGCAUUGCAUUCUUAGUUUAUAUCAAGAUGUUCAAUAUUUUAUGUUUUCUUCGGUAUUUUAAAUGCUCUUCUAGCACAUGAGCCUUAAUCUCUCUUGAUUGUUUCUUAGUUUGUUCUCUCACUGGUGCUCCUUGGCUGUGGAAAUCUUUUGUGUGGGUGAUCCCGGGUAGCAGCUGGCGACCCGGGUGUUGUGUUAGCGAGUCCGUGUAUCAGUCUGUCAAAACGUGCACGUUGUGGCCAGCGAAGAGCCAAAAGCUCCCCUGGCUGCGGAUGGACACCUGUGAGCAGCUGGGAUUGGCACAGCGUGGAUUUGGCAAGACUGGUACAGGUGAGGAUUUCCACGCAGUCGUCGUGAAAUUCGUUGCAAGAGAUAAUAGGUGGUGGAACAAGAGUUUGAAAGAGAACAGCUGGCCGUUUCAGAUCAACUCGCCUGCUGAAUUUGGCGAGUGCCAAGGGCUGUGAUGUUAGGAGUUCAGAAGCAAGCCGGACAAGUCCAAGGGUACAUUACAGCUUCCAGAAAUUGAUUUAGUAAAAUUCUGUCCCACGUUAUUUGUCUGUAUUUGCGAUGGAAGGAAAAA